AUCUUUGGCGGAGAUCAGCUCGCGGUGGCACCAGCGCACCUUAUGUCAGCGUCGUCUCUCAGAUAAGGGGUUUGUACGGUAGUUGUGGCUAAGGGUUUUGAUCUGCACGUGAUAUCGUUGAUCUCGGGGAGACUGUUUCCUGCUUAAGACCUCACUCGCAUACUGCUUCUGUAUACACUGCUUCAACUCCUCUUCAACUCCUCUUCAACACCUCCUCACCUCCUCCUCACCUCCACUACCCCGGAUCCGCUCUCACGUGCGCAUCUCCUCUACCAACGGCAGCCUCGCCCCUGAAAACCCUAAUUCUAACUUUUGGCCUCGGCGUCGGUGCCCGGAGCCAUCCGACCGACGACCGACGCCUUGCGCCCUUCCUUCCUUCACACAUCCUCUCCUCCCUGUCUUUUCCUUCCUGCCUGGAUCUCUUCCAUUCUCGAUCAGACAAGAAAACAUGCCUCCCCGCCGCCGCAGAGCUAAGAAGCAGAACCGCGCCGAGGAAACGGACGCGAACGGCGCCGUCGCCGAACCUGUCGGUGCCGUGCCUGUCCAGGAGUCGCCCUCGCCCUCUGACCGCGAUUCCACGCCGCCGGCCAGCAGCAGCAGCAGCAGCGGCAAGAAGAAAUCCGGUAAAAAACACAGGUCGGGCACCAGCUCGUCUGAUCCGGCAGACGCGCCGUCGAAAGACAAGUCCUCGCGCGAGAAAAAGACCGAGAAGAAGCUCAGCCAGAGCAGACGAGUGACCUUCUUCCUCGGCGCCUUGAUCGGUAUCGCGCUGGCGUGGUACUUUGCCGCGAACCAGCAGCUCGUCUCGCUCGAGGCCCUUGGCGAUCUCAAUCUUGACUCGCUGCCAAAGUUCAUGGAGGACAUGCGCGAUAUGCUGCCGAUUGGAAUGCUCAAGGAGGCGUCUGACAUCCAGAAGAAGGAGCAGUCGAAGGCUAAGAGCGAGUCGUUCGCGGUCGGAAAGGCGAUGUAUGAAGAAGGAUACCGGGCGAUGCAUCCCGUGGUUAUGGUCCCUGGUGUUAUCUCGACCGGACUUGAGUCUUGGUCGGUCAAGGACACAAAGGAGUGCGGGUGUGAGACUUAUUUCCGAAGACGUCUUUGGGGAAGCUGGAGUAUGCUACGCUCUAUGCUUCUAGACAAAAACUGCUGGCUUAAACACAUCACUCUCGAUCCACACACGGGCCUCGAUCCCGAAGGCUACAAGAUCCGGGCCGCCGACGGCCUCGACGCUGCAGAUUUCUUUAUCACCGGCUACUGGAUCUGGAACAAGAUUCUCGAGAACCUGGCCGCGCUCGCGUACGAUCCCAACACUAUGUACUCGGCCGCCUACGACUGGCGUCUGUCGUACAUGGAUCUCGAGCGCCGCGACGGAUAUUUCUCCAAGCUCAAGAUGCUCGUCGAGGACAACAAGCGCCGGUUGGGCCAGAAGACUGUGUUUUUGGGACAUAGCAUGGGGUCGCAGGUGUUUUUCUACUUUUUGAAAUGGGCCGAAGCCACGGGGGAGCACUACGGCAACGGCGGGCCGAACUGGGUGAACGACCAUAUUGACUCGUUUGUAGACAUCGCGGGCACGAUGCUCGGCACGCCAAAGGCGAUCGUCGCGCUUCUGAGCGGAGAGAUGAAGGAUACCGUGCAGCUGAACGCGCUGGCUGUCUACGGACUCGAGAAGUUUUUCUCACGCGCCGAGCGCGCGUACAUGCUGCGCACGUUUCCGGGCGUCGCGAGCAUGCUUCCCAAGGGCGGCGACGCGAUCUGGGGAGAUCUACUGUCGGCGCCGGACGAUUUCGGGCAUCAGAACAUCAGCUUUGGAAACUUCAUUCAGUUCAGGGAUACGAUGUCUACGUUGAGUUCCAAGAACUUGACGGUCGCGGAGAGCAUAGACUAUCUGUUUACGCAGGCACCCGGUUGGUUCCAGAACCGCGUGCUGGAGAAUUACAGCCACGGGCUUGCACGGACGCGCAAGGAGCUCGAGGCUAACAACCAGGAUCACACUAAAUGGGCCAACCCUCUUGAAGCGGCGCUGCCUUAUGCUCCCGAUAUGAAGAUCUACUGCUUCUACGGAGUCGGCAAGGAGACCGAGCGCGCGUACGUGUACCAAGAGGAGAAGGAUAAGGACCUCGUCAAGUUGAAUGUGACGAUCGCGGGCGGCGGUGGCUACGACCCGGUGAUCAUGGGCGAGGGAGAUGGCACGGUGUCGUUGAUCACGCACGCAAUGUGCCACAAAUGGCGCGAGGAAGGCAGUAAAUUCAACCCGGGCGGAUCGCGCGUGCGGAUCGUGGAGAUGCUGCACGAGCCCGAGCGGUUCGAUCCCCGCGGCGGAGAGAAGUCGGCAGACCAUGUUGACAUUCUCGGGCGGGCGGAGUUGAACGAGAUGAUUUUGCGGAUUGCGGCCGGGAAGGGCGAGGAGAUUGAGGAUAGAUUUGUUAGCAGAUUGCGGGAUAUUGCAAAGGGCAUCGAUCUUGGUCCUAACUGAGAAAAAGUAGGACUGAGAAAGAGUGGGAGGUUGUGUAAGAUUGAAGGGUUAUCAGAGUGUGAUUGUGUUUAUAGAUUGUCUGUUGUUCUGGCUUUCCACCAGCUCUCCUUCUUGUGAUUC